AACGUCAUUUUAUUUGUAUAAAGAAUAAAAAUCUAAAAGGUAAAAUAACUAAUUUAAUGGAGCAAACCGUGCUAAUUUAUUUUAAAUUAAAGAACAAUCUUCAUGUGUCCGCUAUAAAUAGCAGCCUCUAAUCGAAUAAUAAAGCUUAAUUCAAAAAUCCACACAACAUUUACAAAUACAAUUAUCGUAAUUAAAUGUCACCAGCCUAAAAAUUAUCAUAUUAAAAAAUGAUGUAAACAAACUAUAAAUUUCACAAACAACGACGAAAUCAAAUUAAUUCAAUAUCUGUUUAAACAUUCGUGACGCAUCCGUGCCCCGUUUAAUGUGCAAUUUUAUUAAAUAAAUUAUUAGAUGAAAAACGAACACUUUUACCAUUUUCUCUCUCUAGUUCACUAGUGCAACGCCAGAUUUCUAAAAAAAAUGCGUUUCGACGAUAGCAAAACUCUUAUCUAAUAAAGUGCAUGUCUGCUGCAACCCAACAACAACACACGACCCGAUAUCGUUUUUAAUAACGUUCGAGGGAAAGUUCGAACGUUUCGUUUAGCCAUUUAUGUUGUCCAACAAAAAUUAUCCUUGGUGGCGCAACGCAGGACAACCUGUUAACAACCCCGGCGUCGUCCUGGCAACAACAACAAUGGGCCAGCUCAUCGACAAAACAACAGUAUUGAUAAACUACAAAGAGAGGCGAAGCCACCACCUUGUGUCGUGCCUAAAUAAACCCCAAUUAACAUGGAGUUUACACGUGCCCGAGGGACCGAUUUCGUCGGCGGCAUCGACAACGAGGCCCUCGACUUCUCCCAGCUGGCCGACUUCAUCAACAACGACGGCAGCCAGGGCAACAAUUCGUACUUCGGGGAAUCACUGAACACGUCCGCCACCCCGUCCGGGAAGUUGUCCAAUGUCAUCGUCGAGAACAAACGUAACGGACACUCUCUGCCGGAAAGCCCGCCGGACAGCAGUUCCGAGCACCCGUACAGUCCGGAGCACGGUUGCGAAGCGCCCACAGUACCACCAGCCACCGACAACCUCUACACAAACAUCUACAAACAGCCGACCACCACGAUGAUCACCCCCAUCAUCGCCGAGGCGCUGAUCAUGAACUCACACAUACUCGUCGACCAGAACGGCGAACAGCAACUACUCGAGAACGGCAACAUGAUGCACGGCAUCCAAACCGAGGGCAUGAUGCUGAGCGAGGAGAACAACAGACAGAUGCUGUUGACCACGCCGGACAACGGACAGAACUACGACAGAUCGUUGUUCAAGAACGAGAGCUACGAAAAGAACAAUCUGGUGCACGUAAGCUAUUCGCAUUCGAUGGAGCAGAUGCCCAGGAACGGCAUGGAGGACAACCUGUGCGAACAGAAUCUGGACAACAUACAAGUGUACACGAACCUCCAGAGCGUACAAAAGAAACGAAAACUGUCGCUGGACUCGCCAUUAGUGAAAAGUGAGCCGGAACAAUGCAACGCGAGCCAGCUAAGCCCCACGGAACAAAUCGGCACGCCCAUAGAAGAAGAGUACGCUUCUUCGGAGGCGUGUCUCAGUGAGUCGCAGUACCAGUGCAUCAGGUUCAAUUCUUUCCAGCAGAACGCCUGGCAUGUGCUUUGUGAUCAAAACCUAACUGAAUUACCUACUCCACACUACAGAGUGGACGCGGACAAAGGCUUCAACUUCUCCAACGCCGACGAUGCCUUUGUUUGUCAAAAGAAGAACCACUUUCAGAUAACCUGUCAUGUACAAUUAUUGGGGGAUGCACAGUUCGUGAAGACCCCUGAAGGCUUCCAGAAGAUCUCCAGCUUUCACAUACACUUCUACGGGGUGAAACACGACUGUCCUACGCAGACCAUAAGGGUUGAACAAAGUCAAAGUGACAGAAGUAAAAAACCUUUCCAUCCAGUACCAAUAGAGUUGGUGAACUCGCAGGUGAUCAAAUUAACGGUUGGAAGGCUCCACUUCAGCGAAACUACCUCUAACAAUAUGAGAAAGAAGGGCAAACCUAACCCUGAACAAAGAUACUUUCAGUUGGUUGUUGGACUCCAUGCUCACACGUCCACUGGUAACUUCCCAAUUGUGAGUCACGCCAGCCAAAAAAUCAUCGUCCGGGUAAGUACUUGUUUCUCAUCAUUGGAUGUGAUUAACAUGGUAAGUUUCCAGGCGUCAAAUCCGGGACAGUUCGAAAGUGACGUGGAACUGUGCUGGCAAAAAGGCCAGACGCAAGACUCGAUCUAUCACAACGGAAGGGUGGGCAUAAACACAGACCGACCUGAUGAAUCUCUGGUGGUGCACGGCAACAUCAAAAUAACCGGCCAUAUAAUCCAACCUAGUGACAUACGAGCCAAGAAGAACAUUCGGGAGUGCAACACGGCCGAGCAACUGAGGAACGUACAAAAACUACGAGUCGUCAAGUAUGACUAUGAGCCAGCUAUGGCAUCACAGCUAAGCAGAGACGAGUGUUCUGACACGGGGGUGAUAGCUCAGGAGGUGGCCAAAAUCUUGCCGGAAGCAGUACGACCUGCUGGUGACGUCGUGUUGGAAAACGGUACCUCUAUAGACAAUUUCCUUGUGGUCAACAAGGAAAGGAUCUUCAUGGAAAACAUUGGUGCUGUCAAAGAGCUGUGCAAGGUCACGGGCAAUCUGGAAACCAGGAUCGACCAACUCGAAAGGAUAAACCGGAGGCUAAACAAGUUAAAACGUGGAGAUAGUUUUAAGUCCAACAGCACAGUUAACAGUUCUAAGACGUCGUACUCACACAAGUGCCCGAAACAUCACAAGUGCAAGGACGAGGAGUUCUGCUCUAACAAGUUCAUACAGAUCGUCAUUGUAGUACUAGUUAUAAUCAUGGCUCUUUGUUUGGCCGCAAUCACAGCGUUGUACCUGGUGGAGGUGGCGCGUCACUCGCAGUACCUUCAGGCGAACUUCGACAAUUCGCAGCGCACUUUGGCGACAAAACGGCCUACCAAGGUGCCCAAACCUACCCACGGCUGGUUCACAGUACCGCCCUCUUCUACGCAAAGAGCCUAUCGGGAGGACGACUUCCCCAAAGUGUACGUCGAUCCCAGUCGCAUCAAGAAAACAAAAGUGGUCGGCGUACCCGUCGAAUGCCAAGGCUUGGAACAAAACCUCGAGCUGGGAAUACCCUGUCAGACGUACUGUUGUGCCGCACCACAAAUUGUGGCACCGCCCGACCUAAGCCCGUUCGAGAAGAAGAGCUCGUCGGGCCGGAACAAGACGGGCAACUCGGAAAAGAAUAAAAUAUCGAAGUUGUUCCAUUCAAACGACAUCGAAAAGCAAACGAGGCAAAGACGUGAGACCUACGACGACAACACUGAAGACUCCAACACAUUCUCCUUGCGAGAUGAGAACCAGUCGUUCGAAAUCACCAUUCAAGGAAGGAAUUUUAACACAACCUUGACGGAAACAUAUCAAACUUAUCAUUCCAACUUUUCCUAUUUAGUUCCUAUAUCUAAGUACAUGCCUGACGAAUUCGUCAAUUUGAUUUUUAGGUCGAGAACAGCCAACGUCAAAGAGAUAGAGUACUGCUACAACAACUACAAGCAGUACGAAUGUCCAACUGAAGAGGACAGAACUCACAAGGUGAACGAGAACAACCCGAGCCAGCUGCUGAGCCUGCGCAGCAUCAUCUUCGAGGUGGACAUGAGAGAUUUCCGGUACAAAUGGCUGACGUACCGUGCAUCACUUAAACAAACGCAGAAUACGUGUAAAUUGUCUAACACAAAACUCGGUCUGGAGUUCAUCGAGUACAAUUUCAUAUUCUACAGACACUGUGAUUGAAGGACGUAACAAAUUUAGGUCGAUAACAACCGGUUCUUCUAGUAUUAACCAGAACAAAUUAUUGAUAUUUCUUAUUUAUUGAUCUUAUUAGUAAUGUUGUACAUUGUAUUUGUAUAAUUUUGGUAAAUUUUGUAUAGACACA